GUAGUCUUUACCGACAUGAUCCCCAUCCCCUAGUCACUCGAAUGCUGAAUAACCGCCCCUCACAAGUUGGGUCAAGUUGAUUCCAUUCAAGCUAAGGAUUAUGCCAGGGACAGGGCCUCCAUAACUGACCUUGGCUCCGCAGUCUGGUCUGGCCCAUCUGUAGAGACCAAGGCCAUUUAUGAUCUGGCUUGCAGCCACUUUUACAACGUCUUUUGCACGAAACCGUCGACCUCUGCGUCAGCCGGCAUAAUCACCAACAAAAAAUUGCCAUCGGAGAGGGCGUUGCGCCAAAAGCUUGGAUGACAGCUCGGUAAAGACAAGUCGUCUAACGGCGACCCGAACCACCCACCCCGUUCUAUCCCGAAACGCCACCUGGCUGCUCCGUCGCCGUUGACCGCACCGCCCGCCAUGGAACUGGACCCGAACAGUCAAACAUUGACGCCACUUCCCGAAGUUCUGCAACGGGGCCUAACUGCCGUUUCUUUCUUCGGCUUCCUUUCGUUCAUCACAACAACGGCACUCUUCUUAGUCUUGACCUAUCGGCUGAUAACAUGGUAUCUUGCACCGGGCCCGGACCGGCCACAGCGCAUGGCUGAUGAGCCGAACGCGGAUGCCGUUCUGGCCGAAGAGAUGGGUCUUCCGGAGACAAUGUACCCUGGCAACAAGAAGCACAAAGUCAAAAGGGACGCACCCAACCAGUUCCUGAUGCUCAUCUACAACCUGCUGCUGGCCGAUAUUCAGCAAGCUCUUGCUUUCUUGCUCAAUGCGGCAUGGCUCAACAAGGGUGGAAUCAUCGUAGAGAGCACGACAUGCUGGGCGCAGGGCUGGUUCAUCUCGACAGGCGAUUUGGCUUCCAGCGCUUUUAUCACCACGAUUGCCAUUCACACCUAUUUGUCGGUUGUCAGGGAUUACAAGCUCCCGACUUGGGCAUUUUGGUGCAUGAUCGGCUCUGUUUGGUUCUUCAUCUACGCCUUGGCCAUAGCCGGCGUCAUCAUCACCAACAAUGGAGCCGACAACGGUGGCCUCUACGUUCGUGCCGCUGCAUGGUGCUGGGUGAAUGUCCGAUAUGAGGCGAUGCGUCUUUAUCUUCACUACCUGUGGAUGUUUGUUUCCUUCUUUAUCACUGCGAGCCUCUACAUUCUCAUCUUCAACCACAUCCGACGCACCGAUCCAUCACUUCAACUGCCCUCUUCUUCCAACAACACAACCUCUUCUGCCUCCCAGAGCAAUCGCGGUCGUAAGCUCAGUCACGCCCACACAAUGUCCCAAUCUGGGCCACCAAGGAGCUCCCAUGGCGAAGCUGCAUCGGCGUCUAAUCCAAGCAACGCCGGACAUCACCCUGCUUUCCUCAUCUAUCCCAUAAUCUACAUCCUGUGUACGGCACCUUUGGCGUUAGGUCGUGUCAUCACAAUGGCUGGAAAGUCUGUUUCCUUAGAGUACUUCUGCCUCGCCGGUGCAAUGAUUGCAUCCAAUGGCUGGCUUGAUGUUCUUCUAUUCUCCACCACUCGUCAUGUCAUUAUCUUCAAUGCCUCCCCAGACUUCGAAGAGACAGGUAUCGAGACUUUCGCCUUCAUGCGAACACCGGCUAACCGGCGUUACGGCAACAUGGUGUGGGUACAGGGUGCUGGAAGUGCACCUAACAACCUGUCUGCGGACGAGGGUACCGGCGGCUGGCUCUGGAAGCUUUUCCGCCGGGGACGUGGUGCGGGCGACAUGAAGCGAGAUCGACGUCGCAGUGGAGCACAUCGAAGCAUCAGCCAGGAGUCUCUAAGGAGAAGGGCCGGGCAGAUGGAAGGCAUCCAGAUGGAAACAGUGACAACGGUCGUUGUAGAGAUGGAAGGUCACGCGGGAGGGAAGAAGGCCAAUGGAAGGCCGCUUUCGAUUGAUACAAUUGAGAAAGAGAGGGCACAGAGCGUGGGCAGCAUGUGAAAACACAUGUUUGCCAGGCGCAAGAGCCAAUUGGCAGCAGCCUGGUCGAAGGACCAUUGACGGACAUCGGCCAAUCUACUGAUCAGGCCUACAGAGACAUCGGGCUCUACAUUACGG